AACUUUCUGUAUCUAUUUUAAAGCCUAAAAUCACUGCAUAUUUUAACUAGAUUUUUUUAAAUAAAAAAUGUACAUAAUAAUUUUUUAGAUGAGCUGAUUUAAAAAAAAGAGCCAAAUAGGACAGAUAGUGUUUGUCGCCUGCUCAUGUCCAGCAGGUACCCGAUAGUAGUGCAGGGCGAGGCAUCUGAAACAGACUCUGACGAUGAAGUCUACAUCACCUCACUUUCUGCUCCCCAAACUGCCGCCAUCGGAGCCAAGGUUGUCCAGCUUGCAUGCUUCAGUUCCAGGAGAAGCCUCUGAAACGGAUAGUGAGGAAGAGUCGGAGCAGGGGCCUCGAGCAUCUGCAUUGAGCCAGGAGAGCACUCAGAUACUGAAGAGAGACCUCCCCCCUCUUAUUGUAGUCAGAGACCACCCUGAUAUACAAUCUAUAGUGGAAGAUAGGCCAAGUCCUUCACACAAAGCACAUGGUGACACCCUUUUACAACAGAAGCUGCAGGAGUCCAACAGCCGGUUGUAUUCUGAUAUAGGGCACGUGGUAUGGCAGGUUUACGGCAGCGCCAGCAGGGAGGUGCGCAGUGCAACAUCUCAGCUAAAUACAUCCCAGAGCGCCAUCAUCAACGCGUCCCACAGCAUCAGAUUAAUCCUGGAUGAUCUGAAGGCUGUAUCCGAGAAGAUUGACAUCAUCACCAGCUGUCAAAUACUGCCUGAUAUUAACAUUGAUAAUCCCUGUAAUUAUACUACUGCUGUACCUUAAAGAAUUAAAUCAAAAUAGAAAUGAAAACAAAUGUAGCAUUAUGAUUUCUUAAGCUCGUUUCAUCAGAAAUAAAAGACUCCAGAGGGAUAAAAUAUCACAAACUUUACUCUUCUAAUAAAAAAAUAAAUAAAAACAUGCCUACACAAAUAAACAAAAUGUAUAUUUAACAGACAUUGCUUAUGUAUUUAUCAGCAAGUGUCUGUGCAUGUUACUGGAGUUUUGAGACAAGAAGUUAAAACAAGCCUAUUCUGAUAUUUUGCUUUUUCAUUUUCUUGCAGUUCUCUGUAAAAAUGGAUGUAUUUAGAAAAUGUUCCACAAAGCAACACUGAUAGAUUUUUAAAAGCACUGGUCUAACCCUCCAUGAUAAGUAAGAAAGUAGACUUGUAUAGGCUUUUGUGCUAUCAUAAUAAUUUUUAUCCUUUGCAUUAAAGAUCUAAAGAAAAUGUAA